UGAGAGAGUGGUCCAGUGGCUGUUCUGCUCUCCACGCUGUCAGACGCGUCGGAAAAAUCUUUAUUGGUAUUUUUAAUUUUGUAUCAUUUUUCGCGCUGUUGCUAAAAGCAAGUCGAUAGAGUGACAGGAAGUACUGACAGUUCAUAAACUUGUGGUGUUUAUGGAGAAGCAUCAUUUAUUUACGGAGUUACCUGCCUGAUUAAUUUCGUUACCUACAGACAUGCCUGAAAAAUUAUCAGAGACGAGUCCGCUGUCUGAAGAACUUCCUUCUCCACUCGAAUCUCGGCGCAGCAAUCGGAGAAACAUGGCGAACACUGCGCGGAAGCGCAUCAAGAGCUUCUUGCGUGGCAAUCUGCUGACGCUUCUCACCGUCAUUGGAGUUUUUGGUGGCGCCAUUCUUGGGGUUAUUUUGCGCCAAACAAGGGAAGACAAAUGGACAGAACGAGAGAUCAUGUAUGUGUCUUACUUCGGGGACAUAUUUCUUCAGAUGCUGAAAUCCCUCAUCCUUCCCUUGAUUGUUGCGUCAAUCAUCAGCGCGAUCGGUGGACUGGAUUUGUCUCUUUCUGGAAAAAUUGGUGCCAGGGCCAUUGUGUACUAUUUCUGCACGACUGUAUCUGCUGUCGUCCUAGGCAUGAUCCUGGUCAGCGUUAUUCAUCCUGGAAGGGGAGACGCGUCAGAAAUCAGCAAAUCAGGAACAUCCAGAAAUGUCACCACGGUUGACACUCUGCUCGAUCUUGUCAGGAAUAUGUUUCCUCCCAAUCUGGUUCAAGCUUGCAUCGCCCAGUAUCAGACGGUUCUUACUCCUGAUGAAAGUAUCACAGCCAUGAAUUAUACAAUGCUGGAUUGGAAAAUUAGCCACAGAUUUGUAACUGGGACCAACAUACUGGGUCUAGUAGUGUUUGCAACUGUUCUUGGCAUAACUUUGGCGAAGAUGGCAGAGAAAGGGAAACCACUGCUGAUCUUCUUUGAAACGCUUGGCGGUGCUAUGUUGAUCAUCACAUACUGGGUGAUUUGGAUUUCACCAAUUGGUAUAUUCUUCCUUGUUGCUGCAAAGGUGCUUGAAAUGGAAAGUUUUGAAGUUAUUGUUGGACAGCUGGGGAUGUAUUUCACAACUGUGUUGCUAGGACUGUUUAUACAUGGGUUUGUAGUUAUCCCACUCUACUACAGCAUCUGCACAAGGAAGCUGCCCUUCCGCUUCAUAGUAAAUAUGUCACAGGCUCUCUUCACUGCAUUUGGCACAGGAUCCAGCAAUGCAACUCUUCCAAUUUCAAUGAGCUGUCUGGAAGAAAAAAAUGAAGUUGAUCCAAGAGUUGUGCGGUUUGUUAUGCCUAUUGGUGCCACAAUAAACAUGGAUGGUACCGCACUGUAUGAGGCUGUGGCUGCUAUUUUUAUCUCACAAGUACGCAAUAUGACACUCAGUAUAGGACAGCUACUUGCAAUGAGCAUAACUGCUACUGCAGCCAGUAUUGGAGCAGCAGGCAUUCCCCAGGCAGGUCUGGUCACCAUGGUUAUGGUUCUAGACACUGUUGGUCUCCCACCUGAAGAUGUCACACUCAUCAUCGCUGUUGAUUGGCUCUUAGAUCGUUUCCGUACCACAAUCAAUGUACUGGGAGACUCUAUUGGAGCAGGCAUUGUGGACCACUUGAGCAAGUCAGAGCUCCUGAAACUUGGGCAACCAAAUCCAGAUACAGACAAAGUUGGUUCACAAAAUGGGGAAGUCAAUGCAGAAGAGGCGGAAUGGCAUACUACAGCCAUGUGAACUACAUUAUGAUAUAAUUAGUUGCAAAGUAACUGUUAUCACGUUAUAAAGUACAACAUUAAUUUUUGACAUUUAUAAUCAUUAAUGAAAUAUUCAUUACUAACAAACAACCGAUGGUCGAAAAUUAAUGUAGCAUUCAGUGUGAUUUGACAGCUGGCCACAUAUUUGGUCGACUGCCAUGGAGGAAGGAGUUUGAUUGAUUUACUGACUGGCUGAGAAACUGUGAUCUGGAAGUUUGUGUGGUUUCCAUCACUCUUCUGCUUUUUACAUCACAACUACUUCAGUCUUAUUCUGCACAAUAUGUAUGUACUUAGUCAUGAUUGAUAUAAGGUGAUGAUCUGGAUUGAAGAGCAGAGACACAAAUGUAUUAAUACCAAUGCGUAACAAUGAUAUACAAAUGAAUAUCCACUGCUUAAUAUUACAGUAGUGUUGAAAAUUACAGAAUUUCAAUCAUGAUCUAACACUUCAUCAACUAAAAUACUGUAUAAAACAUUAUAUGAAUGCCUAUCAGAAAUCAGAUGCUUCUCAAGACAGUCUCAAAACAAAUCUUUUACUUUUGUGUACAGACUUUCCAUCCAAAUAAAUCAGAAUUCAAUACACUCUGCUUACAGCCAGUAACAUGCAACAGCAUUACAUAGCUCAGUGUCACUUCCAGCAUUAAACAAUAUAUACUGCAUUUUAA